AUCCUCCCAUAGAGGCUUCCAGUAAUGUUUCCACGCCUGUAAAACACCUGGACAAGAUGGGAUUUGACGAGAUCUUCAUGAUAAAUCUCAAGCGCAGAACAGACAGAAGAAAACGAAUGCUCCAUACGCUUUAUGAACAGGAAAUCGAAGUCAAGGUGGUGGAUGCUGUGGAUGGGAAAGCCCUCAACACAAGCCAUCUGAAAGCUCUUAACAUUGAAAUGUUGCCAGGAUAUCAUGACCCUUACUCAGGAAGAAUACUGACACGGGGAGAGAUAGGCUGCUUCCUGAGCCAUUAUUACAUCUGGAAAGAGGUCAUUGACAGAGGGUUGCAGAAGGUUCUUGUCUUGGAGGAUGAUAAUAGGUUUCAGCCACAUUUUCGAAGAAGGAUAACAAAACUAAUGGAAGAUAUCAAGGAGAACCAGCUGGACUGGGACCUGAUCUACAUUGGUCGAAAGCGGAUGCAAGUGGAACAUCCGGAAAAAUCUGUGCCUGGCAUUAGGAACCUGGUGGAAGCAGAUUAUUCCUACUGGACAUUGGCCUACGUCAUAUCUCAGCAGGGGGCCAAGAAGCUGGUGGCUGCUGAACCUUUUGGGAAGAUGUUGCCAGUAGAUGAAUUUCUACCCAUCAUGUACAACAAACAUCCGGUGUAAGUUACUCACAUGUGUCUGGGUGCUGGAGGGGUUGGAGAGUUGGGGAAGGCGCCUGGUCCAACAAUGAAAAAAAUGGCAAUACGCAUCCAAGCCUCUUCCCCAUAACUAGCAUCUGUCAAGAAAAACAGUGCGAGAGAUGGAUUUGUCUGGCAGUUUCCACAGUGGAAACGUUUCCUGAUGGGUAGUUGCCUUGGUCCAACCCACAAAAGCAAAAGGUAACUA